AGGUUUCUUAAAGAAUCAACUUCUGCUUUUUCAAAAUAGUCUGAGAAAAAUUACUCAAAAUAAGAUCAAAAAUUCGGUGUCAGAUUACAUUAUCUCCAUUUAGUAGGUAAAAUACUAAGUUGAAUUUAUUUUCAGAACACGCCGAAUUCGAAGCACAGCAGGACAAUGACUAAACCGCUUGGGAUCAAGGGCAAAACCAAAAAUUCCCGCAAAAGAUUGGAUAGGCCACAGAGAAAUUUAAAACUGGAAAUCGACGGGUUGAUCAAACAGCUCAAGACUUUAAAGAAGUUCGGAUGCCAGAAAAAUCGCAGUUUGUAUUUUGGUGAUAACUCGUCCGUAAAGCAUGUCGAUGAUGCAGAAUUCUUUAAACAGAUUCAUCGCAGAUGGCAGAUGGCAGAUGGUCCCGUGAGUGAAGGUCUUUUGGAGAAUUGUCAUCGCCUUGCCGAGAAAUUUGAAACGCAGAAAAUAAACAAACGUGCCGAUAAUGGGGUCCUGGUAGAUAAAGUCGUGAGUGAUGAAAAUAUUCUCAAGAAUGGCCCUUGCUUCAGCAAAACGUUUUCAACGUUUAAAGUAAACAAGAUUUCCCUACCAAUACCGGAAGAAGACUAUAUGUGGAUGAACUCCUCGUGCGGGUCUAUAAACGUCGAUGAGGACAAAAUUGAGGAAUUUGUUAAGGCUUGUCAGCUCAGUGCAAAGAAAAUCGCCGUCUCGAAUAUAUUCAAGGAUCCCCGGAGCGAUGGGCUUUCGGAAAACAAGUCAGAACCAAUUCUGUCAAAGAAGAAUAUAUGCAUAGACUUGAUUGGUGGCAUCUACGAUAAUGUUUCAAAGCCACUGGGGGAAUGCAAAUCCAAGCCAACGGAGAAAACAACUGACAAAAUCCAAAUAGUUCCUCAGUUACUGGAAAAACAAGCAGUGAAAGUCCAGAUAGUGCCCAAGCCACUGAAGAAAAACGCAGAGAAAAUCGACAUAUUUCCAAAGGAAAUUGAGAAAAAAACAAAGAAAAUCAACAUAGCUUAUGGGACGGCGGAUAAAACCCAAGAGAAUCCCCAGAAAGUUUCUAAGCCAGCAGAAAAAAUGAAGGACAAGCUUGACAUAGUUCUUGAAUCACUAGACAACCAAUUAAGAAAACUACAGAUAGUUCCCAGGGCCCGGAAGAGAAACCAAACGAAACUGAAAGUUUGGAAGCCACAGGAGAAAGAAACAGAAAUACUCCAAGUAGAUUCCAAAGCACUGAAAAAUAAAACAGUGAAAGUCCAGAUAGUGCCCAAGCCUCUGAAGAAAAACGCAGAGAAAAUCGACAAAUUUCCAAAGCAACUUGAGAAACAAACAAAGAAAAUCAACAUAGCUUAUGGGUCGGCGGAGAAAUCCCAGAAAGUUGCUCGGACCCCACAGGAGAAAAAAGCGGAAAUACUCCAAGUAGGUUCCAAACCACUGGAAGAUAAAGCAGUGAAAGUCCAAGUAGUUUCCAAGCCUCUGAAGAAAAACCCAGAGAAAAUCGACAUAGUUUCAAUGCUACUUCAAAAAAUCAACAUAUCUUAUGAGACAGCGGAAAACACCCUAGAAAAUCUCCAGAAAGUUCCCAUCCCAGCAGAGAAAACAAGAGAAAACCUUGACAUAAUUUCUGAAUUACUGAAGAACCAAACAACGAAUCUCCAGAUAGUUCCCAAGGCCCUGGAGAAAAAAAAACGGAUCGUUUUAAAGACACUGGCGAAAAGCACAGCAAUACUCGAAAUAUGUUCCAAACCACUGAAAAAUCGAGCAGUGAAACCCCUAAUAGUUCCAAAGGCACUGCAGAAAAACUCGCCGAAAUUUAAAAUAUUUAUAGACCCAGAAGAGAAAAAUCUGAAGAAACUCGAGAUUGUUUCACAACCCAUGAAGAAAACACAAAGAAAACUCAAGAAACAAUUGAAUACAACUAAAAUAGUUUCAAAGCAACAAGAGGAAGGAACGCUGGGGGUAACGGACCUUCAAUACUCCCUUGCCGAAAUGAAAAUAAUAGGAAAAUACAACAGCAACAUAUUCAAUCCCUCAGCUCAAUCGGACGACCCUGAAGAGUCAAAGCAGAAUAAACGAAAUAUUAUAGUCGAUGGCAGUAAUGUGGCCUAUGCCCAUAAAAGAGGCACCUACUUCUCCUCGGAGGGCCUACAGUAUUGCCUGCAAUACUUUGAGACAAUGGGACACGAUGUGAAAGCAGUCGUGCCACUUUUCCGCCGCAACGCCUUCCAAUCGAGCAAUCCCCAGCUGCUUGAUGGUCUGUACAUGACGGGAAAGGUAGUUUUCACGCCAUGCAAGAACAUUCCCGGCCAGAAAUCGAUCAGCUAUGAUGACCGGUUUAUUUUGCAGCUCGCUUACGAGUGGAAUGCUGCUGUAAUAUCAAACGACAAUUACCGAGACCUGAUUGACGAGAGUCCUGCUUUUCAGAAGAUCGUGGAGACUCGAGUCCUUGGUUACACAUGGUGCGAAGACAUGUUUAUUCUGCCAAAGGAUCCGUACGGACGCUGGGGACCCACUCUUGAUAACAUUUUGUACAACUGAGUCUAUUCUCAUAAUCAACGAUUAUAAUAUUUUAUCAUAUUCCCAUACAAUCAACUAAACGAAAUGUUCGUGUUGCUUCCGGAACAUCAGGAUGGUUCGGUUUAUCUUUAAUUAAAUAUUUUUAAGAAGGUUUUAGGUUGGUUCAUAGGUCGUGAAUCCGAUGCUCUCGUUCGCAAAAUUUAUAUACAUAAGCAGGACUGUACACAUUUUUCUUAAUGGAUAAAUUAAAUACAUUUGUAAUAUUCCUCCAAA